AUGGAAGCCAAGUUAAGACCAGCAGAGUUGGCAUCACUCUUCUUGGAGCUCGAAGAAGAAGAACCAGAACCACCGGAGCUGCUGGUCUCAGAAGAAGAGUCAUCGCUGGUGGCAGUACCGUUGGAGUUGCCCUUCUUUGAAGACGAAGAAGAUGACGACUCGUCAGCAGCCUUACACACAAACUUGUCACCCUUGAUGUCUCCGUCCUUGUUCAACUUGUUGAAUUCCAGACAAGUCAAGUCUCCAGUGGAGUCCAAGUUGAAACCACCAGCAACUCUUUGCAAAGACUCGAAAGUACCAUUGUCAAACUUACCCUUGAGGUUGACGGAACCGCCGAUGGUUUCCAACUUUGGCAAGCCAUCAAAAGAUUUCAAUUCGUCGUUCAGUUGGAUCACCAAAGCACCACCAAUCGACUUCAACUUGGGGAAGUCAAUUUCCUCCAAGUUGUCGUUCUUUUGA